AUGCUGGGUCCUACCGCAUCGAAGUGGUACAGAGCCAGCGGGCUUCUCUUCCAACUUAGACCCCAUCGCGGCUUCAAAGCAAAUUCCUUUAGCACCAGAACCGCCUUCCAUGGAAACCCAAUUCUCCUUCCAAAAACUUUGACUUCGAACAGCGUCCGCACAACAUCAAGACACCCUUUCCAUGUCAACGCUUUCCUCUCCGAUGCCUCAUCAGCUCCUUCCCCGCCAGAUGGCCGCUCGUGGUUCUCUACAUCGCCGGACCUGAGAAAUCCAACUCCUCCAGUUUCUAAAGGAACUUCCGUCGAACAGAUUACGAACGUUAAGAUCUUCCGAACUCUCGCAAGUUACUUGUGGAUGAAAGAUAACUAUGAAUUCCGUAUCAGGGUCAUUGCUGCUUUGGGCUUCUUGGUUGGGGCUAAGGUUCUCAAUGUUCAAGUGCCUUUCCUCUUCAAGCUUGCUGUGGAUUGGUUGAGCUCAGCUACUGGCAAUGCUACCGCACUUGCUUCUUUCACUGCCGCCAAUUCAACCCAGUUGGCUCUUUUUGCAACUCCCGUUUCGGUUUUAAUUGGAUAUGGGAUUGCACGCACGGGUGCUUCUGCUUUCAACGAAUUACGGACUGCUGUGUUUUCUAAAGUAGCACUGCGAACAAUCCGAUCAGUGUCUAGGAAGGUCUUCUCUCAUUUGCAUGACCUUGAUCUUCGGUAUCAUCUUAGUCGAGAAACUGGCGCACUAAAUAGGAUAAUUGACCGUGGUAGCCGUGCAAUAAAUUUUAUUCUAUCGUCUAUGGUGUUCAAUGUUGUGCCCACCAUCUUAGAGCUUAGCUAUCCGGUCUUCAGGGCUUACACUGGCUUACAAAUUUGGAGCCCUUUGGCCCUCUUGCCGAGUCCCUCCACUUUCAGGGUUGACCCGCUAUUCUAUGGGCAUUUCAAGACCACCGCGUCACACAUGGUGGCCCCCCCGAUAGCCACACCCAUGAAACCCCUCGCUUCCCAGUUCCGUUCGUGUCACAACGUUGGUGUUGGCUUUGGUAUCCCAGUUCAUGACUCAUUUCGUUCCUACUGCUGUGCCGUUCUUUUGGUUGAGUUUGUGUCCAGCAUUGCUCUGUGCCGUUGCUAUGCCCUGAGUUGGUCGAGACCCGCUGCUCUUUGCGAGCCCUCUCCCUGUGAAUGGCUGCCUCCCCGCCGAUCUGUGACAGUUGUGCACUUUCCCCGUUGUCAUUCACGCGCAGCACUGUGUAGUCACCACCGCUUACCUCCACUUACCACUUAUCCUGCUUAUGCUGGUGAUUCCCUUCCGGUGCGACAAAACUGGCCAAUAUCGAAGCGUGGUCCACCUUAUAUGACCUCACGCCCGGGAUCUCCUCGGCUUUUAUCCACUCUCAUUUAUCUGACAGAAAGAAAGAUUCUUGAUGGGAUAUCAUUUGUUGUACCUGCUGGGAAGAGUGUGGCCAUUGUUGGAACCAGCGGAAGUGGCAAGUCAACCAUUCUCAGAUUGCUCUUCAGGUUUUUUGACACCCAUUCUGGAAGUAUAAAGAUAGAUGGUCAAGAUAUUCGGAAUCUGACACUUGAGAGUGUACGGAAGUCUAUUGGUGUUGUGCCCCAAGAUACAGUACUUUUCAAUGACACAAUAUUUCAUAACAUUCAUUAUGGUCAUCUUUCAGCAACAAAAGAAGAGGUGUAUGAUGCCGCUCGUCGUGCAGCAAUACAUGACACUAUCAUGAAAUUCCCUGACAGGUAUUCUACUGUUGUGGGGGAACGAGGGCUCAAGUUAAGUGGUGGUGAGAAACAGCGUGUGGCCCUGGCUCGUGCAUUCUUGAAAGCACCUCCAAUUCUGUUAUGUGAUGAAGCUACAAGUGCACUAGAUAGCACCACGGAAGCAGAAAUAUUAAAUGCAUUGAAGUCCUUGGCAACUAAUCGAACUUCAAUUUUCAUUGCCCAUAGGCUAACCACUGCAAUGCAGUGCGAUGAGAUAAUAGUUUUGGAGAACGGGAAAGUGGUUGAGCAGGGGCCCCAUGAUGUUCUCUUGUCUAAGGCGGGGAGAUAUGCACAGCUCUGGGGACAGCAAAAUAACACAAUUGAUGCACUUGAUUCCAGCGUCAAAUUGGGGGCGUGA